AUGCCAAAAGCAUCGAGACAAUCGCCAUCGUUGAAGAAGCGUGGAAGAACUGGCAAGCGUAAAACCAAAGAGCCAGGAGUGAAAACAGAGGAAGGAGACGACUACGAUUAUACUGGUGAAGAGAGCGAUCAGUCUUUUGGUGAAGAGGGUGACAACUUGAGCGAUACCGACGUGUCCCAUCGUGGCAGGAAGAGAGCACGAUCCAAGACAGCCAAUAGCAAAGAUGAUCGACAACGACGAGCUACACCUGUGAUAGCAGCAUCAUUGAAUAGUUCAUCACCAUCAUUGGAUGCCGAUAGCGAUUAUGAUGAAAUUGGAGAAACAAAGGUGGAUAGAGGAGGCAACUUGUUGGGAGGGCGUCAAUAUAAGGUGCCAACGUUUUCAUUACCCAAUCGAGGCAACAUGUUAUUUAUGUUCUCCAAAGAUCCAGCAGCAUUACUUGGUUUCCGUGACAGCUUCGUCUUUUUGAAAAAGAAUCCAAAGUUGAUCAAGGUUCAUAUUACGGAUGCCGAGAAGGGAUAUCUUGUUCAGCACAACAUGUUACGAUCGACUUUCAGAACGAGAGAGGUGUCUGUGGUCACUGCACGAUCCGUAUACAAGCAAUUUGGACAUCGAGUACUCAAAAAGGGACGACGUGGUCGUGAUGAUUACUUUUAUACUGGUGAAGUGGAUGAAGGAGAUGAAGGCGACUAUCACAGCGAAGAUGAAGGGAAGCAUGCAGCUGAUAAGCAAUGGUCCCCUGUCGUUGUCAGUGGACGUAACAACUUGACGAGUCGAACCAACAAAGUACUAGCACCAGCCAUCAAUGACACCAAUUGGAUGCACCAUGUCGCUCUUUCUAUACGCAACUUCAACACGCAAAUUUGCGAGUACCGUAACGAGAAUCCAUCUUAUUACGACGUGUUGACCAAUGUCCAUCAGAUUCCAUCAGCAAAACAACCUCUUCGAUUAUUGUAUGAUAUCUCAGAUAAACCAGUGAAAAAGGAAAAGCCUACUUCUACCCAACAACCGAUUGAAGUGCCUCAAGCACCUGCAUCAGCAAUAAGUCAACCACCGUUACCAGCAUCAGCACAAGCUGCAGUACCACAGCAACCAUCAUCACAACAACAACCAACAUUGGUACAGCAACCAUCAGGAACAAUGCCUAUGACUUCUACUACAUCUGCUGCUGCUGCCGCCGCUGCUGCUGCUGCCGUUCCUACACCACCAGCCGUUUCCAUGCCACCACAAGUACAACAGCCCCAAGCACCACAACCACCUUUCACACAACCACAAAUGCCUCAAAACCAGUUUGCAGCACAACAAGCCGCCAUGCGACAAAUGCAAAUGCAAAAUCCUGCAAUGGCAGCCAUGUACUACCAACAAAUGCAACAACAAGCAGCAGCAGCUAGUCGAGCAGGGCAACCUGGACCCAACAACCCAAUGGCACAAUUCCAUCCACAACAACAACGACAAAUGAUGAUGCAAGGCAACAAUGUCUUCCCACCCAAUGCAAGUAUGGCACCCAUGACUAGCAACCCAUAUCAGUUUAUGCCUCCAGGUGGUGGUACCAUGUAG